AAAAAUUCAGUCUGUAUGAUUAAUAGCGUUGUUCAUCACGUCCAAGUUAUUGUAAACAUGAGUUUCACAAAUAAAGUGGUCCUUAUUACCGGAGGCGGUUCAGGAAUUGGUGCGGCUACAGCUAUACUAUUUACGAGAGAAGAUGCUCAAGUAGCUAUCGUAGGCAGAAUCGAAGAAAAACUAACUAAAGUUGCUGAAGAAUGCGAGAAAUACGGGAAAAGACCGCUCGUGAUCAAAGCCGAUGUCAGCAUAGAUGAAGAACUCAAUAGUAUAAUCGAUAAAACAGUUACACAAUAUGGUAAACUCGAUAUUUUGGUAAACAACGCGGGAAUUACUGUAUUAACUAAGUUGUUAGACGCGGAUUUAGUGCAAAAUUUUGACAAAAUAGUCAAAGUGAAUCUACGUGCUAUUGUGAGCCUUUCUAAUAAAGCUGCACCUCACAUCAUCAACACCAAAGGAUCUAUUAUCAACGUAUCUAGUAUAUUAAGCACUAAAGUCAGAGGUGAUCAAAUAAUAUAUGGAUCUUUAAAAGCAGCGUUAGAUUACUUCACUCGUGCAUCAGCUCUGGACUUGGCUCCGUAUGGAGUUAGAGUCAAUGCUGUUAAUCCAGGAUAUACUAAAACAAAUCUACUGAAUUUCUUUGGACAGGAGGAUAUCUGGGAAAGAUUAAUACCAAGAAUACCGUUAGGUAAAUGCGCAGAAGCUAGUGAAGUUGGGAAUAUGAUCCUUUAUUUGGCGAGCGAUAAAGCGAAAAGCGUAACAGGAUCUACGUACGUGAUAGACAAUGGUAGUAUGCACAUGUAAUUAGCAAGCUGUAAAUUGUAUACUGUAAUAGUAUAUUGUAAUUGUAAAUUGUAAUAACCUUGACUUGGUAAUAUAUAAAUUACUUUGUUAAUUUC